ACACAGGGGGAUUCCGAGAAAAGCCGCUGCUGGAAUCCGGGCGAACUCAACAAGCCAAACCCUACAGUGUUGCGUCUGCUUGGUUUUAGGACAUUAACUAGCGUGACACCUUUCAUUUGCCCAAACCAUGUCUGUUGCUGAUUCAUGGACAGAUUCGACUCUUUAUUAGUUAUUUAAACUGUCCAAUUUAUAACGUCGGUAAUUUUCAAGGGAGUUGACAUAGCCCAUUACUGAGGAGCGUUUAGACAUAAAGAAACGCGAUCAUAGUAAAGUAACGGCAACUAUAGCCCCAGCAGCAGAUAAGAAACUGCAGUCGUUUAGGAAGCAGAUUAUAGCCUCAGUUCUCAUGAUGAUUCUCUGCGUCCAAGGUCCAAGAACUUUGUUACCAGACUCCCAAACUCAAGUGGUUCCUCUUGGUGUCUCAGUCCUCUCUUCCUCUUCUCCACGAUGUCUUCACAAUUCUACCAAGUUAUGGGACCCCACCACUGACCUGCGAACCAUUGGCGGCACAUUCUGUUAUCUAGAUGCAUCAGGGUGGUACUGGGGUGCUAUCACCGCUGGUGAGGCCCAUUCCGUCCUGCAGGGGGCACCAGAGGGCACAUUCCUUGUGCGGGACAGCAGCCACCCUCUCUACAUGCUGACCCUGUCCGUCAAAACAGGCCGCGGACCCACCAACAUUCGCAUCGAGUACAGCCACGGGAGCUUCCGCCUGGACUCCAGCUCCCCGGCCAGGCCGCGGCUCCACUCCUUUCCUGAUGUGCCCAGCCUCGUGCAGCACUAUGUGGGCUCCGGGAAAGGCAAGGAGGUGGCCACAGAGGACGAGAGUGAGGCCAUCACUCUGCCGGCGCCUCCGGAGUGUAGCGUGCUUUUAAAGCUCAAACAGCCACUGCGAAGGCCUCAAGCCUUCCCUUCCCUGCAGCAUCUCACACGCCUGGCCAUCAAUAGAUCCACAAAACACCUAAAAGAUCUGCCUCUACCAAAGCCACUCCUCCAGUAUCUGUAUAAUUAUCCUUUCCAACUCUGAAAUCACCAUGGAACACAUGCCGGGCCCGAACGAACAGGACAGGAUGGUGAUGUCAUACAGGAAGCAAAGAAGGCAUCGGAAUAUCAGCAGAGAGCCCAUUUCCAUGGAAAUUGGGCUUUGGCACAAAGUCCAGUGAUGGCUACUAUAAGCUGCAGAACAUGGGUGGCCAUGUCCAGUGCUGGUGAUCUACUGCCUUGCAGAGUUCAGUUCCAGCCCUAAUAUAACACAUCUAAUGCAGGUAAUAAAGUCCUUCAGUUACUUCUUAAUAUCAGAACUAGGUGUGCUAGAUUAGGUUUGGAACAAAACUAUAUGGGGUCGUAGAUCUACAGGACUUAGACAUCAUAACUGUACUCUCCUUACUUUAUCUGGAAUGCUAAGCCUAGUUUAUGCUUUAGCAACCGGUCUGCUGUAGAAAGUUAAAUUUAGGCUUUAUGGCCCCAGAACAGGCCAGUUGGAAGUCUAAUGGAACCUUAAGGACUUGCAAAUGCUAAAUCCCUGAGGAUGGUGUUUUUAAAGCAAUGGCAGCUUUCUAUCAUUGUUUAAUAAAGAUGGAAACAAGUAACUGGUUUCCUCAAAGUAGGCAUCAGACCACAGACUUUGGGUGGACUGUAUACAAAAAAAUGACAUGGAGUUUACCAUGGGCUUGUUGCUCUAUGCAGUGUAGGCUUUUCAGAGGUUCAUACUGCACAUUUAAGAGAUGGGCAAAGAGAGCGUAGGGAGACAGACAUUUAGGUGCACAGCUCUGCACACAGCUUGGUGCAUGAGAGUUGAGACACAUUCAGCCAAAGCCCUGCCCUGUCUGUCAUCUUCCUUUUUACUUUUCUUGGUGUAAUGCAUUUGGGUAUAUCUAACUAUGUUAAUCAGUCCAGAUUAAAUUAUUUGUUUUUCUAUCCCCACUAUGUGGGUAUUGUAUAUAUUUAUGGAUAAAUAUCCUUUUUAUUUUGUAAUAAAAAUGAAUGAAUGUUCUUCAGACUACUGAAGUCUUUUUAGCUUAUCCAGUUUACUUUGUUCUAACCCUAAAAUGUUUCUCUAAAAUACUGCACAGUGGCUUUCUGGGAAAAGUAGGUAAAGAAGAACUUAUGAAAGUCUAUCUGAUUUGUGAUGUAAGGCCAUAGUGGGGUUGAGGGGAGGAAAUCAUGUGGAUCACUAGGACACAGAGAGCUACAUACUGAUUCACUAGGGACUUUUUCUAGACCAGACAGAUCUGUUGUAAAGCAAAGAAAACAUUUUUAGAAAAAGAAUGCCCUGAAAUGCAUGUGAGGGAAUGAAACAUAGUCCUUAUCUUCCAGGUAUGUUUUUUUUUUCUCGUGUGUGUGUGU